AUUCGGACUCAUCAGCAAUAUGGCUGUCAGUAUAAAUGUGAGUGUUGUACGAUGCCUUUCUCUCCUAAAAAUACUUUUCGCAAUCUGUGUUUAUGCUUUUAUUUUGAGAAGGUAUAUGAUAUAUGUGGACACAAAACCUGGAUAAUGUCGUUUUCAACAAGUUAGCAUUUUAUAUUCUGAGAUGGAACCAGGCAUUUUAGGCAGGAGUAUUUGUUGAGGCAUAAGUCCUGCAGAAUUUAAACUAAUUAGGUUUGACUUCAUUCUUGAGAAUGACAUCAAGGCUUGACCGUUUAUUUGUGCUAUUGGAGACGGGUUCGUCGGGUGUGACACGACGAGCUGCAGCUCGUCAGCUGGGAGAGGUGCAACGUUUACACCCACAUGAGUUACAUCACCUGUUGUCUCGGAUUACCACCUACUUACGAAGCCCAGCCUGGGAGACGCGCAUUGCUGCUGGCCAAGCUGUGGAGGCUGUUAUCCAGAAUGUACCCCAGUGGGAUCCCCCAGCAUCCAGCAUCAAAAGAGAGUGCUAUCCACAGUCCUUGUUGGUGUCGCAGGCAGGACGUUUGAAGUUCCACAACUUUGAUAUUAACAGGGUCUUAGCCAACAGCACUCAUCUCAUGGCUUCAGAGGGAAAGGAGUUUGAUGAGGAGGAGUAUCAAGGUAUUGAUGUUCGAGAGAAGAUGGCUAGGCAGAGGCAGCUUCUGAAUGCUCGUCUUGGUUUGGAUGUUGCUGUUAGAAUUGGCAUUGAUAUGUCUGAAGUAUUUUCUGCUGAGGACCUAACAAUUUCUCUUGAUGUGGACACAUCUCAACAUGACACAAUGAGGAAAACUGUGGGUGAGGUUGUACAGCAAGAGAUGGCACAGAUUGGCAUGCUCAGUUCUCGCGAGAUAAACAGAGCUCGACGUAAAGCUCGCCAGGCAAUGUCUAAACAGAGGUCACGAGAAUCAGGAGAAGACGGAGGAACAUCAUCGGUUGGUGAGGACCCUGAUCAUAAGAAACCCAAGCUGGAGGAAAUCAAACAGGAGGAUCUAAGUGCAACAGGGUUAUUAACAAAUGGGAGUGUUCCAGACAGCACUGGUUCCUGGGGAGAGGCAGUCGACUGGCCUUUUGAGAAUUUCUGUGAUCAACUGUGUCAAGACCUGUUCAGUCCAAGUUGGGAAGUGCGUCAUGGAGCUGCCACUGCAUUGAGAGAGGUUGUGCGACUCCAUGGAAGAGGCGCAGGAAAGGCUGCUGACCUCACCAAGACUGAGAAGGAGGAGUGUCACCAGCUCUGGCUAGAAGACAUUUCAUCAAGGCUGCUCUGUGUACUAGCAUUGGAUCGAUUUGGUGACUUCGUGUCUGACCAGGUUGUUGCACCAGUGAGGGAAACUUGUGCUCAGGCUUUAGGGUCAGUACUGAAUCUGAUGAGUUGUGACGAUGUGAAAGGAGUGCUUAAAAUUCUGCUUCAACUUCUGACCCAUAAUGAGUGGGAAGCAAGACAUGGGGGCUUGCUGGGGCUCAAGUACCUGCUUGCUGUUAGAGAGGACUUGGUAAGUGAGAUACUGCCAAUGGCAUUUAGUCACAUCUUGGAGGGUCUCGCAGACCCAGUGGAUGAUGUGGGAGCAGUGGCAGCAUCAGCACUGAUUCCUGUUGCACCUAAGAUUGUGUCAGAUCUGCCAGAUCAGGUGGAGGCUACGGUACACAGACUCUGGGACUUGCUGCUAGAACAAGAUGAAUUGGCAGCAGCGUGCAACAGUUUCAUGGGGCUUCUAGCAGCUCUGCUCAGCUCACCACUCAUACACAAACAUAUGAUACCACAGCCACUUCGUGAAGUUGUGCCACGAUUAUGGCCAUUCCUUUGCCAUAGCACAUCCUCCGUUCGUCGUGCUACAUUGCAAACACUGUGCACACUGACUGCGCAACCUGUCAGUAGCAAUGGUGUCAGUUGGACAGCAGCUCUGCUCCAGGAUGCACUCAGGCACAUCUUCCAGCGUGUAAUAGUGGAACCACUUACUGAAAUUCAGGAUCUGGCUGAGCAGGUAUGGGGUAACCUGGUACGCAGCAGUCAGCUGGAGGAACUGCUUGUGGCUGCUUGUCCAUUUGUCAGUUCCUGGCUGUGCCUAACCAUGCAGCCAGCCAAGCUUGCCAUUGACCCUGCACAGCUAAUACAAAGCAAAUCUAUCAGAGAUCGUUCUGGUGAUAGGUCUGUUAGAAGGCCACGCACUUUACCUUCUCUAGAGGCUGGCAGCAGUAAUGGAAAUUCCAAGUGUGAGCUCAAGUUGUAUGUUGGUGGCAGUGAAACAACUCCAGCUGCAGCAAGGGAGAAGAAUGUGACACGGGCUCGCUGUAUGGCUAGUCGGAUGCUGGGCCUGCUGUCAUGCUACAUAGUGCAGCCUGCGCCUGGUAUUGAGUAUACUGCAGAGACUGAGAGCCCAGUUGAUAUCUAUGUAAAGUUGCUGUUAACGUACCUCAACUCCAAAUCGGCAGUACAGAGAAUGGUGGCUGGCCUUGUCAUUGUGGAGUGGGCACGGCUUGAUACCUCAACUCAGGUGUGCCCUGAGACACUCAGAAUUCGCCUUCAUCAAUCUCUAAGUGAAUGUGUGUACUUUGAUGAGAUUGCUCUGUCCUUCACACGACUUCUACAGGAGACCAGAGACUUCGUUGCAAUGCUCAAACACUACAAGUUACCGCUGGAUCCUGAAAUCUGUGGGAAGGUGUUGACAUUGGAACAGAUCCAGCAACUCAGUGGACCUGUUGCACAGCAACUGCUGUCCAGACACAAGCUCAAACCCAAAGUGUCCGAGAGUCUAGAAGACCGCAGGAAAGCCAUACAAGGAGCAGUGUCUCAAACCAGCUCUGAUCAGAUGCUACUCAGUAUUUCAACUCAGGCUACUUUGGCAGGUGCAGUUACCUUGUUCAGAUGUCUGCCAGAGAAACUGAACCCAGUGAUCAAGCCAUUGAUGGAAUCCAUUAAGAAAGAAGAGAACGAGCAGUUACAGAUCUUGGCUGCAGACCACUUGGCUUGCUUGGCUGAUCUUUGUGUGAAGAGAGUGCCAUGUCCCAAUAGCAAGAUUGUCUCCAAUCUGUGUACAUUCCUGCGAUCUGACCCUGAGUUCACACCAAAAAUACAGACAGUCACAGGAGAGGGUCCCAGCAGUGACAGUGGGGUUGAGAGCACUGGGGAUGGCAGUCGCACGGGAACUCCGACUUCCUUCGCGAACAACUAUACUGGCAUCCUGACGCUGGUCAAUCAGCAACGGUCUGCUGAGCGAGCUGCCUUUCGGCGCUCUAAUUCUACGGGAGGUCGUGGUCCAGGCCGACCACCCAUCACAGACAUACCUUUGGAGGAGCUGUUUGCCGCAGAAGAUAAUGCUCAAAAGCAAAGCCGUAUACAGAGGAGGGGAGCCUGCUUUGCUCUAACAGCAAUAAGUUUAUAUUUUGGUAGGGAUUUGCCGCAUAAGUUACCAAAGUUCUGGGAGAUUAUGAUUGAUCAUCUGAAGGAUGCUGUUGACUUAACUACAUUUGAUGCCCCAGUCUUGAUGAACAAUGAUGCAGCAGCAGAGGAUCUGGUAUCGAGUCUUCAAGUCCUUGAAGUAACAAGUCCAGCCAUCCACUCCGACAUCUUGCCUCAGGUGCUGGUUGUCUGUCUUCCCCGGCUGUGUCUGCUUCUGACGCACCCGUACCGUGCUGUGAGGCACAUGACUGCUCGCUGUAUGGGUGCAUUGGCAUGCCUGUCUUCUGUGCCAGUGAUGACACAUGUGAUAGAUAAAGUGCUGCCACUGCUUGGUGCAAUUGACUCAGAUAUACAGCGCCAAGGUGCUGUUGAGGCUCUGGCAUCAAUAUCUGAGAAACUGCAGUUUAACAUUGUGCCAUAUAUUGUUCUCCUGGUGGUGCCUCUGCUGGGUCGUAUGAGUGACCAGAACCAGCCAGUGCGCUUGAUGGCCACACACUGCUUUGCCACGUUGAUACAGCUGAUGCCACUAGAUGGUGGUGUUCCAGACCCACCUAAUCUCACUCCAGAGCUGGCUCAGCAGAAGGCUCGAGAACGCAAGUUCUUGGAACAGCUGUUUAACCCCAAGUUGAUUGAGGACUAUAAAGUUCCUGUACCCAUUCAAGCAGAACUGCGGUCUUAUCAACAAUCUGGUGUGAACUGGCUCGCAUUUCUGAACAAGUACAAACUCCAUGGCAUCUUGUGUGAUGACAUGGGACUGGGAAAGACUCUGCAGUCCAUUUGCAUCCUGGCAGGAGAUCAUUAUUAUAGGAGACAGCAGUAUGAGAAAACUAGAAGCCCAGACUGUGCUCCAUUGCCUUCAAUUGUAAUCUGUCCCCCAACUCUCACAGGCCACUGGAUGUACGAGGUGGAAAAGUUCCUGUCAAGAGAUUACCUCAACCCUCUGCAGUACAUUGGACCCCCUGCAGAAAGGGAUAAGCUACGCAGCAAGGUAAAAUUCCACAAUUUGGUGGUGGCUUCAUAUGACAUUGUCAGGAAGGACAUUGAUUUCUUCAGUUCUAUCAAGUGGAACUAUUGCAUCCUGGAUGAGGGCCAUGUUAUCAAGAAUGGAAAAACCAAGUCCUCAAAAGCAAUCAAACAGCUGGUUGCAAAUCACCGCCUCAUUUUGUCGGGAACACCAAUACAGAAUAAUGUACUGGAGCUGUGGUCACUGUUUGACUUCCUGAUGCCUGGUUUCCUUGGUACAGAGAAGCAGUUUACGGCACGCUACAGCAAGCCAAUCCUGGCCAGCCGUGAUCCGAAGAGUUCGGCUAAGGAGCAAGAAGCAGGAGCACUAGCCAUGGAAGCACUGCACAGGCAGGCAUUGCCAUUCCUGUUGCGCAGGAUGAAGGAAGAUGUAUUGCAAGAUCUGCCUCCCAAGAUCACACAGGAUUAUUACUGUGAACUGAGUCCACUGCAGGAACAGCUGUAUGAGGACUUUGCACGCUCUCACGCCCACCAGAGCUUGCAGGAUAGCCUCGCACACGGUGGGCAGGCAGGCACCAUACAAGGGAGCACACACAUCUUCCAGGCUCUGAGGUAUCUCCAAAAUGUGUGUAACCAUCCGAAGCUGGUUCUGUCACCACGGCAUCCUGAAUAUGAAAAAAUUUUAACGCAGCUGAAACAGCAAAACAGCACCAUGGCAGAUAUCCAUCAUGCAGCUAAAUUGCCAGCCCUCAAGCAGCUGCUACUGGAUUGUGGAAUUGGUGUGCCCCCUGCAGGUCAGACUGGAGAACUUGUUGUCAAUCAGCAUCGAGCACUAAUCUUCUGCCAGCUCAAAGCCAUGCUUGACAUACUGGAGCAGGAUCUCUUUAAGAGCAACAUGCCUAGUGUGACAUACCUGAGGCUAGAUGGCAGCAUCUCACCAGGCGUGCGGCACAAUGUAGUGACUGCAUUUAAUAACGAUCCUUCGAUAGACGUGCUACUGUUGACCACCCAGGUUGGAGGUCUGGGACUCAACCUAACAGGCGCUGACACAGUAGUAUUUGUGGAGCAUGACUGGAAUCCAAUGAAGGAUGUGCAGGCAAUGGAUCGUGCUCACCGCAUCGGUCAGAAGAAAGUUGUCAACGUAUACAGGCUUAUAACAAGAGGCACCCUAGAAGAGAAGAUCAUGGGGUUGCAGAAGUUCAAGUUAAUGACAGCAAACACUGUGAUAAGCAGUGAGAAUGCAAGCAUGGAGACCAUGGGAACAGAGCAGCUGUUGGAUCUUUUCUCAUUGGAUGACAAGACGAAAGACAGUCAGAAAACUGCUAAGAACCAGACUGUGACAUCAGGUACUGUCACAAUGAAGACAGUGCUGGAAACACUGCCAGAUUUGUGGGAGGAAAAGCAAUAUGAAGAAGAGUAUGACCUCACAAAUUUUGUGAACAGUCUGCGUAAAUGAGUUACAAUUUCAACUUCCUGCACUGUAGUACUUAUAAAACUUCCUGGCCGCGUAAGUGUUUCAUUGACAAGGCCCUUUAUAUGGAGUAUGAUAGCCACAUGUGAGUAUUGAAUUGGAAAAAUACUUAAACCUGUCUCCUGUUAAAUUCUGAAGUGAUGUUAGGCACCAAUGAACUCUCAUUGUGAAACAGUAGAUACCUAAAAAUCUUUAUUCAUUGUUGUAAGAACUGGUAGCAACUUCUGCUAUUCAUUCAUCAUCAGUUAAUGCUUUUCAAUAUUGCAGUGCUAAAAUACAUUUUCAUUCUGGGCAACCAUAUAGCAUAUACACCACUAGAAUUUUUCUGUCCAUAUACAGACUUCUAUUAAGUUUUCAUGCUGUGAGUGUUUUAAAAACAUUGAGCCUAUAGAAUUCAUUGUUACUAUAGGAUGUGUUUCAGUCAUGUCACUUCUUUUUGAUCAUUCUGUCAGUACACCAUUCAUGCUCGUUCAUGAUCUCACCGCCGUACAAUAAAUAGGUGUGUGUGAUUGUGUCAGAAGGAAGACAAGGUAAAAUAAUGAAUCAAUAAAAUAUUUACACAAGUUAUUAACCACCAUCAGAAGUUUCAAACAUUGACACUGACCAUUGUAGUUUUGUUCCUCUUGCAUAACUGUCAGCAUAAUAUAAUUUUUUGUUGUUACUUCAGGAUUCUUAUCAAAUUUCGUGGGAAGCUGUAAUCCCUCAAUUAAAAUCUGUCUACCUGUUCUGCAUGUAGGGAUUUAAAUCCUGUAUGACAAAGUUUUAAGUAUAAUCAUCUUUAUGCUAUAUCUUAUUUUCCUACUUAUGCAUAUAAAUGGCUUACAGUGUGCUGUUGUGAGGAGUUGCUUCAAACACUUUCAAAAUUAAAUUUUAAAUUGCUUUUGCCUAAAUCUGGCAAGGGCAUUUAUGUUGAUAGAGUGUCAAUUAAAUUAUUAAUUUGGUUGCAUAUGUGACCUGGAACAAAAUGUUGAGUGACAAAAUUAUGCAUAUAUUGGAGGUAAUUAAAUGAAUGUAUUACUUAUUACAUUAAAGAGUUCUCUUUACUUAUGCUAUAUAAAAUCAUGUAAGUAAACUGAAAAAGUCUCCUUGGGAAUUUGAUUUUAGGUGAUGUCAUUUUUAUGAUAACAUAUCCUCAUCAUUUAUGAUUUUGUUUCAUUUGUUACUGCUUCAGUCCAUAAAUUUAUUUCGGUAGUGUAACAUUAAACGAACAAACUAUGUAUGCAGUUGCAUUUUACCUGCUUAGAAGUAUAGCAUUUCCUCAGAACUGAAUGUAAUUUAAAAAUGUGCAAUCAUUUUUCUGCAUUCACACAAGAUAAAAACUGCGUAUUCUCCUAUAUUGAACUUUUAGGCCAAGUCAGCACCUGCUGUGCUUAUUACCAGUAUGGAAGGAACUACGUCAUGAUCCAGAAAAAAGAUAAUGCCAAGAAGCUAACAGAUAUGUCGAAUUGCAUGAGAAAUAAGGACUGUAAAUCUCGGUGACAGGAACCUUGGUUCUGACAGAAUGAUUACAAAUGGAAACUAUUCCAGUGGCAUGUAAUAUUAACUGUGCUGUACACUUCCCUGUCUUGGUGUGCUGUCAUUUAAUUAAGAAGUGCUGUACAGCUUGCUACAGUGUCCUUUUUGCAUAUUAAAACUUAGACCUUUUUGGUUAAGUAUAGAAACUGAAGCAGUGUAUGUGCUACCUGACUGGAAUGUUUUCAUUAUGAUGACUUUUAUACUUUUCUACAUACGAUAUGCCACUCACAGUGUGGGGAUGAGCUACAUUCCACGCCCUGCCCCUUUCAUACCCAGAUUCAUGUUUGUGGAAUGAGUUUUCUGAACAAUACAGGUAUGAAAAUAAAAAAAGGAUAUAACAUUCUUUUUUUUAUUCUUCCUUGUGUUUUUCUCCUCCACAUUCUUGUCAUAACCCUCACAAAAACCCACACAUUGAAAGGGAUAUGGGCUUCCAGUACAAUGAAUUUGUUUGUAUUAUAAGCAAUAGUUUUUUAAAUUUAUGUCAAGCUCUCAGUUUUCUUUUAUGAGGGAUUUCACAUCUCCACAUGAAUGAGCACUGUUUAAAUCCCAGUGAAACUGUCACACUUGCUUUAACAAUCAAUAAGUCUGCAUUUUUUAUUUAUGUUACAUAUGAUUCUGUGCUAACAGUGAUUAUUUCCUUAAACAGUGUUAAAUCGAUCUUUGUAAUUGAGAAAUGUUAUGCCUUCUUGACUUGUCAGUAAGAUUAUGCAUUAAUUUCUUGUACAUCACACUAUGAAUUGUGGUUUUAUUGAAUUUUUACACAACUAAAAAAAAGUGAUAUAUGCAGUAAAAUGCCUGCUAUAAAUAUCCAACCCUCAUGCAUUUUAAAUAUAAAUAUACAUUUUCACUGUUAAGUGAAUGAAUUUAUUGGCACUAAGGAAAUAGGAAACAAGUAAUUGGUCUGUAAUACUGCUUUUUGCAAAAGGAAGUUUUUAAAAAGUACUGUUUGUUAGAAAUUGCACACAUUUUUAGUAGUGAAAUUUAGGCUUUAAAUUGUACAUAUUGAUUAUAUUUAUAUUAAUCUUUUCUGAAAAGUCUGAGAGCUUGGCAGAACAUAAUGAUGUGCACUGUAAAUUGUUUAAUAUUGUUUACCUGAUGAGAAAGUGGCUCUUUUUACAGGAAGUGUCCUACCGUGUUAAAACAUUCUCUCAUAUACUUAAUUGUACCAUCUGUUUUCAUUACACGAUACACAGUUUCUGGAGGAUUUGUAUUUUACUGUCUACAUUUAAUCAGAUGAAGUUCAACAUACAUAUUUAGCUUACCAGAUUUUUAUGUUCUUUGCUAAAUUACUGAAGUGCAAAUUUAGACUGACAGUCAUCUAGAGCAUUCAGUAAAUUAUUUAGAAGUCAAUAUACACUUUUGUGAAUCUGGCUAUUGUUAAUUACAUUGCGAUAAGAAGAUCUUGUGAGCAGUGCAGCUAUUAGUAAUACCUUAAGAUUCAGAAGCUGAUUGGCUGUAUCAGUGCCACCUGUUGAAGAUGCCUCUACGGGGAUGUUCAAUCCCAUGUUAAUUCAGUUAUGAAGCAAGACCAUAACUUUGGUCUAGGGUGAGAAUAAAAGGCAUUCCAGAGUUCUUUGUGAGGUGGAACAAGAUUGCAGUAUUUGUUUUCUUUAUUUUACCGGUGAUUUUGUGUAGGUUUUUCUGCCUUGUAUUGAAGUGUUAUUUUAUUCACAUAAAAAAGCCAGAUAGAAUCUUCUGAGUUUUGUGAUAAUGUUACUUGUAAUCAUCUGUUUUUGUUACACCAUGUGAUGGGCUUGAUGCAGUUCUUAAGGGCAUGUCUCUUGUUUAUUGCAAUUGGCUCUUUCUCAGUCAGAUUACUUGAAAUUCUAUGCCUCCCCCAGCCCCUUUUCUGACUUCUUGGAUAGCAGGAACAUGAAAUGUGGAAUAAUGAACAGUAAGACCACACACAGAUGGAGAUGAAAUAAAUGUAUUGCUGGCUCUUGUUUGUGAGGAAGGCAAAAGAGGAACUCCAGUUUUUUGUGGGUUUUGUCAUCUUAAUGUGAGGAUACCUGUAAAUUUUUUGGGAGGGUUGGGGGUUGCCUUGAUGCACUCUUGUGACUGGAAUUCUCUUGAAGGGAUGUGCCAGCCAUGACAAUUGAGACUCAUACAGGUCGCAACUGUUUGUAUGUAGUCUUGAGCAGAAACUUUGAAACUAGUCCCAAGAAACUGACAUCACUGUAUUGUAUCAAUUUGAUUGUAAUUUGUUGUAAGUCGUGUGAUAAAGUGUUUAUGACUACA